CAGAGCAGUGGCAGCAGACAGAGAAAGUUCCACAGAUGUGAGAACAUGGAGAAGGAAGAGGAGAAGCGGUGGAACAUUUCCUUCGCUGGUUGUGGUUUCAGGAGUAUUUACUACCUGGGGGCUCUGAGCUGCAUCCUGGACCGGGUCCCCCAUCUGGUCCACGGAGCCUCCAGGUUCUGCGGGGCCUCAUCCGGAUGCCUGGUGGCGGCUGCGCUGGCGGUGGGGAUCCCCAUGGAUGACAUAUGUGGUGACCUCCUGAACAUGGCUGAGGAGGCUCGUAAACUCCCCCUGAGCGUCUUCCACCCGUCCUUCAGUCUCCUCCGGUCCGUCCAACGCUCUCUGAUGGACAGACUUCCAGAAGAUGCCCACCUCCGAGCCUCGGGACGACUCUACGUAUCACUGACCCGCCUCCACGAUGGGAACAACGUCCUGGUGUCACAGUUCGACAGCAGAGAAGAACUUAUUCAGGUUCUGAUGUGCAGCUGCUUCUUCCCGGUUUACUGUGGGUUUGUCCCUCCGUCCUAUCGAGGAGUGCUGUACAUGGACGGGGCUCUCAGUAACAACAUGCCGCUGUUCGAACACAGAAACACCAUCACGCUGGCGCCGUUUUCCGGUGAGAGCGACAUCUGUCCGACCGAAGGGACGUUCAACAUCCUGGAGGUUCACUAUGGAAACGUCAGCAUCCAGGUCAACGAGGGCAACGUCCACCGGGUGUGGACGUCGUUCCUGCCCCCGACGGCUGAGACUUUGGCUGAAAUCUGUCUGAACGGAUACGUGGACGCUCUGAGGUUCCUGAGACAAAGACAUCUGAUUGGAGCUCAGAGCAUUUCCUCUGGUUUAGUGUCUGAGCUGGAAGAACUCAAACCCACGUCUUCGAAAUCUGAGACAGAACUGUCCAACGAAGUCCACGUUGAGGACGAGCGUCUCUGUGAGGGCGUUCCAGAGAGGCUACCGGAGGACGUCAAGAGAGUGCUGUGCAGAUCCAGCAGAGACCCGGGUUCUAUCCUUGGGUUCCGGGUGUUUCCUCUGGUGUCGGUUCUGUUGUUUCUGAUCCGUGUUUUGACGCUGCCGUUUGAACUCAUUGUCAUCCUCAUCAGAAGCCUGGUGGUGUCAGUGAUGUUUAGACCAAAGCCUUCGACAGUGAAUCAGCAUCGAUACAGACAUGACAACGUCAGUGAAAUGUCGUCGGGCGUCAGGACUCGGUCCAGAGACGACGUCUUUAACCCUGGAUGUGGACGUCCUCGGUGGGACGACAACAGGAACCUGGAUUUAUCUGUUCCAUCAUCGCGAAGGAAAACGACCAAACUACAGUGAACACGACAAUGUUUCAGAGACGUUUGUGCCUCCGGCGGUUUUUGUUUAUUUAUAAGGUCAUUAUUCCGCCUUUAAAACCGAACAAAACCUCAGAAUCAACUUUGAGUUGGUUUAAAAACUAGAAAAAGUCCUCCUUAAGAGCUGUUAUUAUUGUAAAUCAGCCCAGAAUUACAGUGAUUUUAGUCCUGUUUCAGCUGAAUAUAGCUAUCCUCAUAUCAUAAUUACCUAAACACAAAUGGACAAAAGUAUGUGGACACGCUGAAUUCAGGUGUUUCUUUUCUAACAGGGGUCUGGGAUACAAAACAAUAAUGACAAAU